UGUCGCGGUAGAUUUCAUGCAAAGUGCAACCUAGCAUCAUACACAGUUUAAGUAGUAAUCUGGCUGGCUAGCUAGCUAGAUACUUAAUAUUUGUGGAAGCAUUCAAAAAUGGCAAAGCAAGGUGUCGCUUCCAUGCUUGCAGUGGCAUUGCUUCUUGGAGCAUUUGCUACCAUUCCUACAGCUGUGCAAUCCAUUGGCGUGUGCUACGGCGUGAACGGCAACAACCUGCCCUCGGCAAGCGACGUCGUGCAGCUCUACAAGUCCAACGGCAUCGACUCCAUGCGCAUCUACUUCCCAAACACCAAAGCGCUCCAGGCCCUCAGCGGCUCAAACAUCGGCGUCAUCAUGGACGUGGCCAACACGGACCUCGGCUCGCUCGCCUCCAACCCCAACGCCGCGGCCGCCUGGGUCAAGAACAACGUCCAGGCCUUCCCGGGCGUCUCCUUCCGCUACAUCGCCGUCGGCAACGAGGUGUCCGGCGGGGACACGCAGAACAUCCUGCCCGCCAUGAAGAACAUCAACAACGCACUUUCCGCUGCCGGCCUCGGCAACAUCAAGGUGUCAACGGCGGUGCAGAGUGGCGUGACCGCCGGGUUCCCGCCCUCCAAAGGCACAUUCAACUCCGCCGCGUCCUCCUACAUGACGCCCAUCGCGAAGUACCUGGCCAGCACCGGCGCGCCGCUCCUGGCCAACGUGUACCCCUACUUCUCCUACAUCGGGAACGAGGCGCAGAUCAACAUCAAGUACGCGCUCUUCACCUCGCCCGGCACGGUCGUGCAAGACGGCAACAACGCCUACCAGAACCUCUUCGAUGCGCUCGUCGACACGUUCUACUCCGCGCUGGAGAACGCGGGAGCCGGAAACGUCAAAAUCGUCGUGUCCGAGAGCGGGUGGCCGUCGGCCGGCGGUGACGCGGCCACGGCGAGCAACGCGCAGACGUACAACCAGAACCUUAUCAACCACGUGGGGAAGGGCACGCCGAAGCGCCCGGGGCCCAUAGAGACCUACAUAUUCGCCAUGUUCAACGAGGACCAGAAGACUGGAGCCGAGACGGAGAAGCACUUCGGUCUGUUCAACGCGGACAAGUCGCCGGCGUACCCCAUCAAUUUCUGAGAGCAACAGAUCGACAUAAGAACAAUAUGAUUUUACGAUAUAUAUAGAUACAUACGCACAUAACGUCAAUUUGAAUAAGCCGCCUGUAAAUGCAAAAAUGCAUGCAUGUAGGGCAAGCACUUCAAUAAUUAUCUAAAGAUAAAUAAGAGGCACUUUGGUGA